AUGGCUACGCCUGCAGCGACCAAGCGCCUCACACGAGAAUAUGCGACCAUCUCCAAGUCUCCCCCGCCCUACAUCAUCGCGCACCCGUCCGAGAAGAACAUCCUCGAGUGGCACUAUAUCCUGACCGGCCCGCCCGACACGCCGUACGAUGGCGGCCAGUACUGGGGCACCCUUAUGUUUCCGCCAGACUAUCCUUUCGCUCCACCCGCCAUCCGCAUGCACACACCGUCUGGUCGCUUCCAACCCAGCACUCGCCUUUGUCUCAGCAUCUCCGACUUCCACCCUAAGAGCUUCAACCCCGCAUGGGAGGUCAGCACUAUCCUGACGGGACUGCUGAGUUUCAUGACGAGCGAGGAGAUGACAACCGGAUCAGUGCGGGCGUCGGACGCGGAGCGCAAGUUGUUCGCGCAGCGUACACGGUGGUGGAACAGCACAGGCGGAGGCUCCAAGGCUCAGAACAACGGCUCUCGCGGUGCAGGCGCUAUCAAAGCCGGUGAUGGUGGCACGAAGUUCCGCGCUGAGUGGCCGGAGUUGGACGAAGAGAACCAGAAAUGGAUGAAAGAGAAGCGCAUCAACCCGCAAACCGGCCUCCCUCUCAGCUCGUCAUCACAACCGCAUUGCUCGCCGGACAUGGCGGGUCUGAGGAAGCGGGCGAAUGGCAGCGCAACUACGGUUGGUGCUGUUGUUCAGCAAGGCCAGGUUGCGCGGGAAGUGGGCCAGAGCUGGCUGGGCCGCAACAAGUGGAGGAUCGUUAUCGGCACGCUCAUAUCAUAUAUCAUUGUUGCGCGGGUGCUGGGAGAGGGUUCUCUAUCGACUGCUGCUUGA